UUGGGUGAAGAAAACCAUUCCCACACUCGUGCGAGCGCGGAGGCUGUCCUCAUGUCAUCGCACAGGCGCCGCCGAGCCCUGCCAGCUGCACCGCCCCGCGAACUCACUAACCAUAUAUCGUCACUAAGUAAACACAUACUCCAAUAUUACGUGGCUAAAUGUAAACACAACUUUGUAAAAGCUCUCCCUCACUUCGCGCACUGAAAGUGAAACACUGGAUUUCAAGCCGCACACUUUUCCAUAAUCUUCAUAAAAAUAUCGUUCAACUGAGAAAGUUUCGUAUCACAGAUAUUUGGGGGUUAUCCGUUAAAAAGUUUUCUAUCUAUCACUGAACAAAGUUCGUAGCGCGUAGCGCGUAGAGAACGGAUACUGCGCGCGAUACGGACGGCCGGGCUCGGCUGAGCGGCACCGCAGCGCGCGGCGGUCGGCCGGCGUGUGAGCGCGCGCCGCGGCUGUCGCCGCCCGCCGCCCGCCCCGGCGCUACGCGCGCUCGCUUUCGGGCAGGAUGCCUCUAUUUAAGCACACACUGUCGAACCUCACCUGGUAUUCGCAAUUUAGCCUUAUCGCAAGCGCACGCGACCUGAAACCUCCGAACAUCUCGAUACGAUGUGCGCUCCGAAGUCGAGUUUGGCGUUCCUGGUGGCGCUCGCCGCCCUGGCGGCGCUGGGGCGGCAGGGCCGCGCCGCACCCGCGCGGCACGUGCGCAGCGUGGAGCUGGCCGACGCGCUCAACCGCACCGUGUGCCCCAUCCGCGUGGAGAUCGACGAGCACGCCGACCGCGUGCCGCGCCGCAUCAAGAUGAUGAAGUGCGCCGCCGAGCCCAGCCACUGGUGCCGCGCGCACCUGCCGGCGCACGAGUGCUGCCAGCGCCGCCACGGCGACCACCUGCUGGAGUGCGUGGAGAUGCACGACAGCGUGCUGGUGUACUACAAGAGCAGCGCCAGCACCGCCACCUACGACGUGGCCGUGGGCUGCUCCUGCAUGGUGGUGCACAGCAGCACGGCGCCCGCCGUGCCCAAGGGGCCCACGUGACGCCGCGCCUGUUCGCUGAGAUUCCGUUACAUUUUACGUUCCUAAGCUCUGCAAGUGACGUUGUGUGAGCGCAACACUGAUUCUAUUUA